CGUUUUCAUUUUGCACUUUGCAGACGGUCCCUAAGCUUUCCUCUGCCAGCGGACUGCUCAUAGUGAGCAAUGUUAUCCCUAUUUCUUUAAAUACAUAUUGUUUCGACGAAAAUCCGGUUGUAGCUCAUUGUCUACCUUACCGCCGUUGAAUAGAUAAGUAUAUUGUGUUGUAAGAACGUUUUGUUUAAGAUUUAUUGAGCCACGAAGUUCGAAUCUGUCAAUGUCUUUCCAACAUUACCGAACUCUAUGGAAGUGGGUCUUUGCAUAAGAACAACUGCAAUCUAAUAUUCGAACAUGCAGAUCAAAAAUUUUAGCGUCAUUUUGAUCUUCUUCAAGUUCGUCAUUAACUCUGACGAGCGGCUGGUGGUGACGGGUGCAGAUGAGCCUGUCUAUGCACAUGCUGGAGAGGAUGUGACUCUCAGCUGCUCUGUGGACACCCAUGUUAAUGUGACAGAGCUUCAGGUGAAAUGGAUAAAGACAGACGAUGACGGUGACAUCUUGGUGCUUCUGUAUGCUGAUGGAGAGAACAGACCAGAGUCACAGGAUGGGAGAUACUCUGGAAGAGCUGAAUUCUUCACUGAGGAAAUUCCCAAAGGAAACUUCUCAAUGAAACUGAGGAAAGUCAGGAUGGAAGACAAAGGAGAGUUCAGGUGUGAAGUCCACUCAGAUACUGAUUCUGCCAAUACAACUGCCAGGAUAGCAGCACUGGGUUAUUCAUCCCUGCAUUGGCUGAUUCUGUGGCUGUGCAUCGCUGUCACACCUGUAGUCCUACUUACUGGUGCUUUAUCUGUCAGGCAUUUAAUAAAGGAAGAUAAAAGCAAACAGGCUCUGCUGAGUCACUGCUCACAUGUCACAGUCCCAUCAAUCAUGGUUUCCGCAGCCUUCAUCCUGUGGGGUGUAACGGAAGGAUCCACAGAAGAGGCUGUCACUUGUACUGCCAUCAGUCUGACGUAUAUCCUGCUGUUGUUUCAUAUGGCCCCGUAUUGUAAAUCAUUCGCAGACAAAUGGCAGAUUAUUAUUCUCCACACUCUGAGAACUGUAUUUCCCAUCAUUAUGGUCGGUGUCCUAACAGGUUCUUUCAUUGAGUUUUUAGAAAAAUUUUCCCCAACCCCAGCUGAGAAAGCAGCAUUUGGAGGAAUGUUUGGUGGAAUCAUAUUUAUGUUCAUCGCUUUUGUUAUAUUCCAAAUCAUCUUUGUUGUGCUUUUGGCAAAAUAUUCAGGAGAGAGUCAAACAGUAAAGAAAACACUUGACUAUGUAGCAGGAAUAAUUGGAGUUACAUUCUUGGUCGUCAUGGCUUCAUACAUAAUUGCUGUCAGUGUUUAUCUGGCGAAAUACUCAGCUCUAGCUUGGAAAGAACAACUUGCAACAUUUUCCACUUUAUUAAUGUUUCCAGUCAGCUUAGUUUUUUUUCCAGUUGGUCUCGGUGUGUUUUGGAUAAUACGCUCCAAAAUGAUGGGAGGAACAGUACAACUUAGGGACAUUCCUGUAAUCAUGGGUGAUUUCCUGUAUGAUUUCAGACUCUUUUACAUGCUGUUCCUUGCUAUUUAUUCCCAACUCUUUACCUGGAUGAACAACACAUUUAUAUUAGAAUAUUCAAUUCCGAAUGCAGUAGCUGCUUUGGGAAUCUGUGCCUGCAUAUAUGUCAAGGAUUAUUUAUUGUAUCGUGAAAAAAAGCGCUUGGAGGGAUUUUACUAUUUUGCUCAGAAAAUCCUUCUGGGGAUUUUCUUCCUGCUUCACCUGAUAUUAAGUUUCCUGUAUGUAUGUGUGAUUUUUGAAAAUGACAAAGGACGACCUGUAAAGAUCUGCGAGUUUGUGUUUGUCUACAUUCUGAUUGUCACAUUGCUCUUUCUAUUCUGGGAGCGAGAAGAUUUGCUUGCCAAACCCCGUAAAUAUGUAUAUUUCUCAGGGGCUUUUGCUCUCCCUCUCCUGAAUUCUGUUGGCCUGGCUGUAGCAUUAAAACUCAAAGCAGACAAAGGAAAACAGCCAUUCGAUCUACGGCUGAUUGUCCUCAUUUCUGGGUCUGUCUUCCUCUUCGGCUGGUUUGUUAUAGAGAUGAUUGCAUACUGGUUCACCAAAAAAGAAAAAAUAAUAGAAGAGAUGGGCUUGGUUGAGAGACACCAAGUUACCGAGCUUGAUCAGGGAUCAUGUGUCAAUCAGGAGACGAAUGCCUCAUCACUCUCUGAUCCUGAUAGGCCAAAUGCAGAGCAGAGAUCACAUGACAGUCACGAGAUAGAUGACUGUUCAGCUGUUGAUUCCAAUGGAUUGAAUACAGAGCAGAGAUCACAUGACAAUCAGGAGAUGGAGGCAUAAUCACCUGCUGAUCACAAUGAACCAAACCCAGAGGAGGUCUUCACUCAGAAAGUGGAGCAAGCAAUCAAGGAGGAGGCAUGACUUCUUGGGUCCUGCAUCAUGUUUUUGGGUCUUAUGAACUUCAUAUGGUUUCAUGUAAGGUUUUCAUUGAGAUAUACUGUAUCUAUGGAGAUUCAGGGUGUUCGUUAUUAGAUUAAGUUUAAAAGCUUCAGGACAUUUGCUGCUGCUAGAAUGAAUAUAGUGUGAAUCCUGUUUUUAAAGCCUCCGUGAGUGUUUCCUCUGUAAUUGGUGUGAUGCUACCCCACCGGACCAGUCACCAAGCUGAACAGCAGCCAAGGGUGAAGCUGUACCACUCACCAAGCUGAACAGCAGCCAAGGGUGAAGCUGUACCACUCACCAAGCUGAACAGCAGCCAAGGGUGAAGCUGUACCACUCACCAAGCUGAACAGGAGCCAAGGGUGAAGCUGUACCGCUCACCAUGUUGAAAGCCAGUCAGGAUGGGGGGGCAGUAACAUAUGAUAUAACAAACUUGUUGGGAGGCUGCUGAUCAGCACCACCCAGCACCGAUAUAACCAUGGUUUCCUCACCGCUGACCAGUACAAGUGUUUAUGGGAUAUGAUUGGAGAUUGAUAAUGACCCCAGUCUGAGGGGGGGACAGUCUUUUAACAUAAUAUGUUGACAAUUUUGACAAAAUAAAUAAAUAAAUAAAUAUUUUAAUAAGUGUGGGCUACAAUUGGUCUAUAAAUGUGCCUCUGUAACUGGGACUGAGACUGGCUGGUAUGAAAAGCCAUGGAAAGACAAGAAACACGCAUGCAGGUGCACAUGUGUUUUUGUAGGUGGAAAAUGGAGAAUGACCAACAUACAGGGUUGCUGCCUCCUACCACUGGAGGGUGACCACCCUGAAUGGAUCAGCACCUCAUCACAGGCCCCCUUGUGGUAUACUGUGGUACAGUAUACUGUUUCCUAAUGUUCCACAAUAAACUUGCCCCUUCUUGGGUCCCUCUGUGCA